AAAGAAGCCUAUAGAAACGCAUUGGGCUUAUUUUAGACAGAUUUUGGCGAGAGAGAAACCUCUCGCUUCUUCUCUUCCUCUCUGGGGUGGAUUCAUCUCCUCGAAGAAGACCAUUCAAAAAGUUGAUGUGGAAGUCUUCAUACUUUCCCAGCGCAUUGGCUUCUGGAGCGGACUCGAACUUAUACUCGGCCGUUUGACUGGAACAGCAAACUGUUAAUCAACACAGAGGAUGAGCAGCUCGGAGGAGGUGUCCUGGAUCUCCUGGUUCUGUGGCCUGAGGGGAAAUGAGUUCUUUUGUGAGGUUGAUGAGGACUACAUUCAGGACAAGUUUAACCUGACAGGGCUCAAUGAACAGGUGCCUCACUACCGCCAGGCCCUCGACAUGAUCCUGGACCUGGAACCAGAUGAAGAGCUGGAGGACAACCCCAACCAGAGUGACCUGAUAGAGCAGGCAGCAGAGAUGCUCUACGGGCUGAUCCAUGCACGCUACAUCCUCACCAACAGAGGCAUCGCUCAGAUGCUGGAUAAGUACCAACAGGGGGACUUUGGCUAUUGCCCAAGGGUGUACUGUGAGAAUCAACCAAUGCUUCCUAUUGGUCUGUCAGACAUCCCAGGUGAGGCGAUGGUGAAGCUGUAUUGUCCAAAGUGCAUGGAUGUGUACACCCCCAAGUCCUCCCGGCACCACCACACAGACGGGGCCUACUUCGGGACGGGCUUCCCCCACAUGCUCUUUAUGGUGCACCCAGAGUACCGGCCAAAAAGACCUGCCAACCAGUUUGUGCCAAGGCUGUAUGGCUUCAAGAUCCACCCCAUGGCCUAUCAACUCCAACUCCAGGCUGCCUCCAGCUUCAAGAGUCCUGUGAAGGCUAUUCGCUAGAACUUAGACACCCGGGCCGGGAAAGAGACAUUUUAUGUAGAUUUUUACUCGGUUGGAAUGAAAGCAGUGGAUGAUGUAGAUCAAUAAAGGCUUGUUAAAAACA